AAGAGCAAGAAACAUUUCAAAACAACCAAAAAAACUGCCUAGGUCAAAUAAACCCCCUAUUUUCGCAAAUAAUAUUUCAGAUAGUGAAAAUGGUGAAGAUACCAAUGAUGACAGUGAUAUUGACAAAUCUUAUAAUCCAAAUGUUGCUAAAGCAGACAGCGAUAAUGAAUCAUCAGAUAAUAGUGAAUCAACUGCACAUAUAUCCACCAUUUUAUACAAAAAUGACUCUGAAAUACAGCUGUUAGGUACAAUGAGUGAAGUUAACAAUUUAACAGAUGCAGACGCAGAAGCAGAAAAUAUAAUCUAUGAUAUUCCAGAUGUUAACAUUUUAAAUGAGACUAAUAAUGAGCAAUUUACUCCAUCAACAAGUAAAUCUUCAAUAUCAUUUGUAACACAGAAGCCUUCAACUUCAUCUUCUGUUUCUACUCCUUCAGCUGUAAUAACGUCGUCAAAUACUGACUUUGAAAAUUUUGUUAAAACCACAUUAACAAAUUUGAAAUAUGAAAUGAAAAGCUUAUCUUACUCGGUUGAAACCAUUAAAAAUAUGACAGCUCAAGUUAUUGAUUCUUCUCUCCCAAAGCAAACUUUAGACUAUGAUAUUUCUGAUGGAUUUGAAAUAAUGUGGCCCAUAGAAAAUUCUGACGAUAUGGAUAAAAUUGAAAAAUUAUUAGUUGAUAUAAAGAUUAGGAAAAAUCAAGCAAUCAUUUUUUCAAGAUUAGCUGGCUCAAAAAUAAAUGAUUCUGUUAGAAGAAUUAUGCAACGUAUGUUUCUUGACAAUUUUAUUAAAGAUUAUUCGUAUGUUGGAUUUAAAGGAAAAAAUAAAUUCCAAGGGUUGAACUGUUGCCGUUUGUUGUUUGAAUCUAUAAGAAUAAAUAAAAAAUUUGAAAUGACUUCAGAUGAAGAAAUAUCCACAGCAUUGUCUAAAUGGAUGGCACAAGCCACCAACCGAUUAAAUCAAAAGAAGAAAAUAAAAUUAUAGUUAUUUAUCAAUAUUGUCCACAGUAUUUUUUGUUAUUGUAUUAACUAUUCAAUUACUAUAUUGCAAUUUAAAUAUAAAAUUGUAAUUUUUAUUAUUACUAUUUUACCUACUAUUAUAAUAUAAUGUUGUAAGUCCCAACUAUGAAUAUAUUAUUAUGUAAAAUUAUUUUAAAAUGUAUUUCUAUUACUAUGAUUAUCAUAAUAAUAUUACUUAUUAUUUUAAUAACUUAUUAGUUUAUCAAUAUUGUCCA